AUGAGUCAAGCCGCGAGGGGAGUCGGCGACCCGAGGCAUGCAGCAAUAUCAACUAAUGAUAACUUGAGGCGGUCUACUAGUGUGAACAGACCCAAGGAGUUUGCAUCAAAAGUCAAAAACAGAAAAACUUCGAAACGAGAACGGAGAGUGUUUGUUAAUCUACCUUUACCAAGUACUCACCUUGACCGUCGAAAUGAUCCAAAAGUCAAAUAUGUAUCAAACAGAAUUGUUACGUCGAAAUACACGACAUUAACAUUUGUACCAAAGAACUUGUUUGAACAGUUCAGACGGGCGGCCAAUAUGUAUUUUUUAUUUAUGGCCAUUCUGGGACUGCUUCCCUUUUUUAGUGUUAAUAAUCCAGUUUUAACAGUACUUCCCUUAUCAACAGUCGUAUUUAUUACAGCAUGCAAGGAUGCAGUCGAGGACUAUAAUCGCCACAAAAUUGAUAAACAGUUCAACAGUUCAACCUGCUACUAUCUACAAAACUUUGUUAACGUCAACUAUCCUAUGGAGAAACGUGUUUCUCUCUUUGAUCGAAUCAUCUCGAGUAUUGUGGACUUUUUCACAGAGCUAGUCAAAAUAAAACCAAAGGAUCAAAAAUCUUCACGUGAUGUUCAAGACCAAAGUAAGGUUGAGGAACGUCAAGAGAGUAUUGACGAAGAACCGUCAAACAAGGUUAAUGGUGAUCCAGAAUGGAAAAAAACAUAUUGGCGCAAUGUCAGGGUCGGUGAUUUUAUAUUUCUUCGUAAUGGCGAUGCAGUACCUGCAGAUGCUAUAAUACUUUCCACCUCUGAAUCAGAAGGCGGAUGCUUUGUAGAAACCAAGGAUCUCGACGGCGAAACUAAUUUAAAACCUAGGAAGGCUAUCCCUGACACUAACAACAUUGGGUCUGCAAAAGACUGUGUCGAAACAAAAUUUUAUAUUGAUGCGGAGGCGCCCAACUCGAAUCUCUACUCCUUCUCUGCUGCCGUAGCAUUAGUUGACCCGGCCGACCCAGAUAUACAACAACCGCCGGCGGUAGCGACAAGGAAUAGGGAUUCGAUACAGUCUGUUCAAUCAGUUAGCACGAAUCGUCGGAGUUCAAGAAACAGUAAUUUUUCAAUGCAAGCACAAAAGUCUGUGCCAGUCAAUAUUAACAACUUAUUGUUACGCGCGCACGUUAUAAGAAAUACCGAAUGGGUGAUUGCGAUGGUUGUGUAUACUGGUGUUGAAACUAAAAUUAUGCUAAACAGUGGAGAGACUCCUAGCAAGAGAAGUCGGAUCGAAAAGGAAAUGAACAAAGAGGUUAUAUUCAACUUUUUUGUUCUCAUUGCCCUCGCUUUGAUCUGCGCUAUUGGAAGUGCAAUAUCUUCUGCAAAUUUGUCAAGUAAAACGAACGGAAUAGCCACAAAGCUGUUAGAUUCUAAUCGGGAUAGCAUUGCGUUUGCGGCUUUUCUAACCUUUUGGGCAAGUCUGAUUAUCUUCCAAAAUAUUAUUCCCAUAUCACUAUAUAUUUCUAUCGAAUUUGUAAAGACGUUUCAAGCAUAUUUCAUUUAUAAUGACCUCGACAUGUGGGACGAAGACACACAAACUUCCUGUGUUCCCAAAUCUUGGAAUCUAUCCGACGAUCUUGGCCAGAUAGAAUAUGUCUUCUCUGACAAAACCGGAACACUUACUCGUAACGUAAUGCAAUUUCGUGAAUGUUCAAUUAAUGGUAAAGUCUACGGGCGUAAUGGAUGGGCCGGUAAAACUGAUGCCGAGAAAGGGAAAGAAGCAAUGCAAGGGCAAGAAACGGAUGUCACAAAGCAAGACCCAGAAGACAUAUGGCGGUCAUAUCUCACCGAAAUGAGAAAGACCUUUGAACCCAAAUACGCAAGUACGGAUCCAAGCUUCUUGACUUUUGUCGAUCCAGAGCUCUUUAGAGGGCUGCAGCACGUAAAGAACAAGGAUGAUGGCUUGGAGGAUGGCGGUAGUAGUAGCGAAAAAGUAACAGAAACCGACAGUAGUAGAGGAAACGCCGAAAAUAUAAAAGAAUUUUUUACGCUCUUAGCAGUGUGUCACACUGUAGUACUAGAGAAAAGUUUAGAAACAGGAAAAGAUGAGAGUGAUGAUAACAAGGCAGAAUCCGAAGCGUUAAUAUCAUCCGACACUAAUUCAUCGACUAUUGACAUUACUCAGAAUGGUAGCAGCACAGAUGACAUUCCUAACAAAUUAUCUCUUCGAUUUGCAAAAGUCAGUAUCAAAAAACAUUUGAACACAAAACGCUUGGGUUCCAUCGUACCAUCCCUCGGCGGUUUAAAUUCUUUGGUUGGGCCUUCUCCUUCGGUCAAUAAAGGUCCACCAAUAGAUGGCACUGUUGCUGUUCAAUUAGUCUAUCAAGCCGAGUCUCCUGACGAAGCUGCGCUAGUUUCUGCGGCGAAGAAUGUAGGUUUUGCUUUUUUGAGACGAAACAAUAAUUAUUUGAGAGUGGACAUACUCGGAACGGAAUAUGAUUUUGAGGUUUUGAACGUUUUGGAAUUUAAUUCGACAAGGAAACGAAUGAGUAUCAUUGUACGAAGACCAAAAGAGUUGGGAGGUGAUGUUGCAUUGUUUUGUAAAGGAGCAGAUAACGUCAUAAUGGAACGUCUGGCUGCCGGACAAGAUGAUCUUAUCGCGGCGACUACGAAGGAUAUUGAUGAUUUUUCUAAUGCGGGUCUUCGGACCUUGACCCUAGCGUACCGUACGCUUGAACCAGCAUACUAUGCCGAGUGGGCUGCAAAAUAUCGCGAGGCUUCAACGUCUAUUGAAGACCGCAACGCUAAAAUCGAUGCUACUGCCGAUGAAAUCGAACGCGAGCUCAUAUUGCUUGGUGCUACUGCCAUCGAAGAUAAACUCCAAGAGGGCGUCCCUGAAUGUAUAGCUACCCUUCGUGAGGCUGGAAUGAAAGUGUGGGUACUUACUGGUGACAAAUUGGAAACGGCUAUUAAUAUUGGUUUUGCAGCGCAACUACUUACAAAAGAUAUGAAGCUAUGGACAUUGAGAACUGCAAACAAGAAAGACGUUAUUUCAAGGUUUAAUGAAAUUGUUGAUAAAUUCAUCGAUAUCGAUGGAUCAAUACGGGAGGCAGAUAAAGGAGAAUCUUCAAGUGCACGACAACAUGCAUUUGUGGUUGAUGGUGGUGCUCUAGCACAUUUAUUGGAGGAUAAGCUUUCGCGGACAAAGUUGUUACAAGUUGCCGAAGUGUUUGCAUCUGUAAUAUGUUGUCGAGUGAGCCCCUUACAAAAGGCAUUGGUUGUAGAAUUAGUCAGGAAGGGUAAGAGGACUGUUACCCUGGCUAUUGGUGACGGUGCCAAUGACGUUAGCAUGAUUCAAGCAGCAAACGUCGGUGUUGGCAUUUCGGGUCAAGAAGGUGUACAGGCCGCAAUGGCAGCCGACUAUGCGAUUGCACAGUUCCGAUAUCUCCAGAAAUUACUUAUAGUACAUGGACACUGGGAUUAUAUGCGUAUUUCCGAAAUGAUAUUAAAUUUCUUUUAUAAAAACGUUAUUUGGGUAUUCCCAGUGUUAUGGUAUCAGAUAUAUUGCUUAUUCUCUGGAAAUAUAUUCUAUGAUUACAGUCUUGUCCAACUUUACAACAUGAUUUUCACAGUAGGGCCUGUUAUUGUAUUAGGUACUACGGAUCAGUCCGUGACGGCUUCAUAUUGCCUCCGCUAUCCUGGUAUCUAUAGCAUAGGCAUAAAGCAACUCCGUUACAACCGCUUCCGUUUUGCACUAUAUUUUCUUGAUGGGAUCUGGCAAUCUCUAGUUGUAUAUUACACCUUCCAUUUCAUCCAUUACAAUACGCAAGGGGUAGUCUCAUCAUCAGCUUACUCGACCGGUACUGAUGAAUUCUCGACAGCUGUGGCAGUGACAGUGAUCAUAAUUGCUAAUCUUUUUGUUGGAUUCAACACAUACCAUUGGAACGUAUUCAUCUGGGUCACUGUAUUUGGAGAGAUUGUUAUCCUGUUGGCGUUUGUUCUAGCGUAUGGCGCAUUUCCGUCUCUCACGCUUUACGGCAUUGGAACGCAGAUAUUUAGUCAAGGAACAUUCUGGUUUGGAAUGUUAUUUGGAAUCUUGGCAGCGGGGCUGCCUAGAUAUUUGAUAACGUUUAUUAAGCAGUGGUUCUAUCCUGAUGACUUGGACAUUGUCAAACAGAUUAAAGCAAAAGAAAAGCAGCAACGCUGGACAAAGGCAAAAACAACAAAGCCUGAGAUUACUAUUGAAGAUACAACACAUUAA